UCAACAGUGAUGAAGAUGUCUUUUAAUUUCUCUAUAAACUUCAAUGUUUAUUUUUGUCGGUACCUUCGUAAUACAACCAAAACACAUUCACACAGCUCAUAAUGAAGUCGACAAUACUAUUUUGUUAUUAUCAUUUCAAUGUUGGUCAUGAAGAGAAUCGCCACAUCCGCUUCAGAAGUAAACAUUCUUUCGUCUUUGCGUAGUAUCAAGUGGAAAUUGGAUGCCUGGACGAUUUUGCUACCAGUAAUACAAUAAUGUUUUACACGUGUGCGAUUAUAAUUGGCUUAUUACCUGCAUCAAAUGGUAUCCAGGAUGCAAUUCGCGUCACGCAUAAUGUCAUUACGUCGCCAUCGUGGAAGACAAGCGGCAACUGUGCACGAUCUUGGAGUUUUGUUCAUGGUUACUGGCAAACGGAACUUCCUUUUGACGACGCUUAUGAUCAAAAUUGCCUACUUAAAACGGAUUGGUUCAACGCUGAACUUGUAGAUAACAUCUUUAUUCAAGUUACCUCAGUAACGCGUAAAUGUUCUUCAUUUCUGGCUAAAUACCCAAAUUGCGUGGAAAAUGUGUCAGUUUUAAUAAACACAAAAGGAAGAAAGGGUUACAGAGUUUUAUCAAAAAUUCCUAAAGCUGUUGAUUUCGACAACGAUUCUACUCUUUCUACAUUCGUGAGCACGUUAGAACUCGGCUCGAUAACCACUGAUUUUCGACUUGGUUUCACUGCAAAGAGAACUUCACUUAGCAUACAAAAAUUGAAAAUUUUUUAUUAUAAAUGUCCAACCCGUACUAAAGAGCUUACUCAAUUCAAAGCAACCUCGGCCCCAGGCUCUUCUCAAAAUGUCACAACAAUAACGGGCGAGUGCGUAACAAAUGCGCAAAUGGUAGCAGGAACAAUUACUUUAUUCUGUUACCAUAACGGGACUUUUCAAACAAAUGGCGAAUGUGUCUGCAACGCAGGAUAUUUUAGGAAUGGCACAGUUUGUCAAGCGUGUCCAACUGGCGCUUUCAAGCCUCAUCACGGAAACGAAAAUUGCAGACGGUGUGGAAAGAACACUGUGACGGAGCGUGAGGGAAAUACACAAUGCAGUUGUAAAAAAGGACACUUCUUCCUUGGUGCGCAUGAAGUGCAUUGCUAUGCGGCUGGAAAGGUGAGGCGACUCAUUUAUUCAAACUACACCGAUGGCUCUGUCGUGGUGCAUUGGGACCCAGCCUACAGAAGACCGGGCUAUAAACCGACAUAUAUCGUCUCUUUCAACAACGUCAAUUUUCGUACAACACAAAGAGUACUCAGGUUUACUCCCUCUAACGCCACAAGAUCGUUUAAAAUUCAGAUUGUGACCGAAGUCAGUGUGCGCGGGAAAGUUUACCGCAGUGAUCCAUUGUUACAGACCGUUACAGUUCAUAAGUACCGAUAUAAAAACCUAUGUAUGUAUAAAACUAAAAACAAGUUAUUCGGUAAUAAUGGCGGUUGCAGCAGUGCUUGUGAUUCUAGGAAAUUAACAAAGCUGCAGAUACUUUACUGAAGACGUCAUUUAGCAACCUUGUUAGAAAAAUUGAAUGCGUUACGAAAACAAAAAAGGCUUAAUGACGAAGUUGGUUUAGAUAAGGUGUAGAAAAAUAGAGCAUUAUAUUUAAUAAUUAGUUUACUGUAUCAGUAAAAUAAAUAUUUUUUUGUUUUCGUUUUA